GGCGGGCGGACGGCCGGGCCCGCGGCACUUCCGGCGGGCGGCGUGAGGGGGCCGCGGCGGCGGCGGCGGGCGGGCGGCGCCAUGGGCAUCCUGGAGAAGAUCUCGGAGAUCGAGAAGGAGAUCGCCCGCACCCAGAAAAACAAAGCUACCGAGUACCACCUCGGCCUCCUGAAGGCAAAGCUCGCAAAGUACAGAGCCCAGUUACUGGAACCUUCCAAAUCCUCUGCCGCGAAAGGAGAAGGCUUCGAUGUGAUGAAAUCUGGAGAUGCCCGGGUGGCGCUGAUUGGGUUUCCUUCCGUGGGUAAGUCCACCUUCCUGAGUUUAAUGACCUCGACUGCCAGCGAAGCUGCGUCCUACGAGUUCACGACCCUGACGUGUAUCCCGGGAGUCAUAGAAUACAAAGGAGCCAACAUCCAGCUGUUGGAUCUGCCCGGGAUCAUCGAGGGAGCAGCACAAGGGAAGGGCAGAGGUCGGCAGGUGAUAGCUGUGGCCCGGACAGCAGACGUUGUUAUUAUGAUGCUGGAUGCCACGAAGGGUGAAGUACAGCGGGCCCUGCUGGAGAAAGAACUGGAGUCUGUAGGAAUCCGGCUGAACAAAAGCAAACCAAACAUCUACUUCAAGCCGAAGAAGGGUGGAGGCAUCUCCUUCAACUCGACGGUCACGUUAACUCAGUGCUCCGAGAAGCUGGUGCAGCUCAUCCUCCACGAAUACAAAAUCUUCAACGCCGAGGUCCUUUUCAGAGAGGAUUGUUCCCCUGAUGAGUUCAUUGACGUGAUUGUGGGCAACAGGGUCUACAUGCCGUGCCUCUAUGUCUAUAACAAGAUCGACCAGAUAUCCAUGGAGGAAGUGGAUCGUCUUGCUCGGAGACCCCACAGCGUUGUAAUCAGCUGCGGCAUGAAACUGAACCUGGACUACUUGCUGGAGAAGCUCUGGGAAUACCUGGCACUUACCUGCAUCUACACCAAGAAACGAGGACAGAGACCAGACUUUACAGAUGCCAUUAUUCUACGGAAAGGGGCUUCUGUGGAGCACGUGUGCCAUCGAAUUCACAGAUCAUUAGCCAGCCAGUUCAAAUACGCCUUGGUGUGGGGGACAAGCACAAAAUACAGCCCUCAAAGAGUGGGCUUAACCCAUAUGAUGGAACACGAAGAUGUCAUUCAGAUCGUAAAGAAGUAGCUCUCUUUGCUGGCGCCUGGCCUUGUCUUUAAUCACUAGAAUUGGAACUGACCACAUAAAAGCAAAGCAAAACAAAACAUAAAAAGAAAAAGGGAGAUGCGUUCCACAGCUGAGAAAGCAAGAAAGCUUCUGUGAAGCUCCUUCCCUUGGAGAAAGGUAUAAAAUGAGGCUACUGCUUGCAGGUGGGGAUGGGGAAGAUGGGUUUCCAUCUUGCAGAGUUUCAGGCGAGGUAAAUUUUGUUAAAAAUAUUAAAAAAAAAAAAAGGAGCCAGUUCUUCUAGGACACAGUUCCUGGAGCUGGCAAUGUCCUGCCCCUAGUAGGGUUUGCACAAGUCUGUGUCAGCCUCCCAGUGGCUCGCUCCACCAGUGGGAAGUUUAUGGAUUUGUGUGAACAAGUCUGGCCCUGUGCUUUGGGACAAGGAAGCCAGAGCUGCGAGAACAUUGCUGAUGCUUUGCUGCUUAUCCGUUCACUUAAUUUAAGCAUUGAUCUGAAACAGAAAGUGAAGUUCUUCCUCUCCUGCUCAUCGGACACAUCUCUACAGCUUUCGUGGUCGGAGACGUCAGUCUCUGUGUCUGAGACAAGCCCUGGUGAAUUUAUGAUGGUCCCUCCUCAGUUACAUUAAGACGUGGCACUCCGUGCCUCCCGUUAGCUCUGCGGCGGGUUUUGUAGGAUGUCCUGGUCCGGCUGGUACUGAGAUGAGAAAAAAUGAAACCUUGUUCAUGAAAGGUGAGCCGAACUGCAGCAGGGUACGAUCAAAGAGCCAUAGGCUGCAGCGAGGAUUCACUUCUGGCAUAUCGCUGGUGCAAGGAGUUGUCUCGGGAGUUCCCUCCUUCGCUCUCGUCCUGCCCAUUAGUCCCUGAGAGUAUCGCGGGGGGUCUGCUUCUUGUUCGUGCCCCUAAAUUCCAGUAACAGCUCGUUGAGCUCAGUACCCUCCCCUGCCAUGGGUUUUACCCCAGCCCUGUUAAACAGCAUUGCUUGUUUGGGUAUUUUUCAUCAGAAGUCUGGGAUUUUUCUAAUCGUGCUUUUUCAUUAAAUAUCGAUGCUAAAUAAUUCAGAGUGCCUGACAGAGAACAGCUCUUUCCUUCUGGGAUCAAGAGUUGCCGAUAGCUUUUAUUUUCUUUCAUGGAGAAAGGGUUCGGUCUGAUGUGGAUUGUUAACUGUGAGGACAGGUCUGAUAGAAAACUUGUCUGAGCAGGGCUCCUUCCCUCUUCUGUGCUCCUCCCCACCCCUCACAAACUGAUCGAGCAGAAAUGGAAGGAAUAUUUUAUUUGAAAAAAAUAAAAAUUGCUAUUUCAUGUGAA